CGGCCCCUGGGGUUCGCGCGCCAGGUUCCCACUCGCGUGUGGUGCGGUACGACCUGGAAGCGGUCGCGGCUGCCAGCGCCUCUCCAUCGCCCAGCGCCCAGCGCCGCGGAAGAGCCGAGAGUCCUGUGGUCCAAGCGUGGCUGGCACAGCCAAGGGGAGCUCUCCAGUCUCAGGGCUCCUCCCUGGGCCGAGCCCUCCAGAACACCAGCACCCCUGAAGACUGACAGCUGUUGUGGCCUCCACCUUCGUCAGCCGGCUCACACCCUGCUGGUGAACAUGGCUGCUGGGAAGGGUGCUGUGUGGAGCUCUUCGGCUGAAAACAGAUGGCGGCUUAGUGAAGCCGACCAGGGCAAGGAUUGCAAGCCAGUGCUGCUGGAGAAAACCAACCACCUGGACUCUGAGGCUGCCCCAGGCAGUGGGGGUCAGCAUGAGGCCUGUGCUGAGCUGGUGCCAUCAGCCACCCCAGGCAGACUCAGACUGGGAAGGCCAACGUCGCAGAAGGUAUGCUGGGAACAGGGGCAGAGCGCCUUCAUGGAGGUGCCUCAGCUCAAAAAGAGGCUGGUGGGUGCGCAGGCCAAGGAGAAGGAGCAUGAUAAUCCCACAGGCCAGUGUGGUCCCCAGCAGCUGAUCCAGGAUAUCCCCAGGGAUCCAGCUGGCAGCCUGUGGCCCAGCGGAGCCCGAGGGGAACAGAGAAGUGCCUUCAGCAAACCAGCCAGGUGUCCCACAGGGAGACCGGGGCCACCCUCUAUAUUCCAGGCAGGCGGACUGGGAGACGUCCUUGGGGAGCUGUUGGGACUCAUCAACACGGUAGAUGUCCCUUGUUGGGGUCAAGUUUCAAAUUCUAAGUUUUUGGUGGGUGAUUUCUGGCACCUGCAAAUGUUGCCACAAAAUGGUCCUGUCUGUAGUGCUUUAGUGGGUGCCCCCACACUGUGGCGAAAGCAUGCCAUGGGCCAGAUGCCCAUGCCCUCAUCGUCCUCCUCCUCUGCCUCUUGGGCUCUGCUGCCACCCACGUUCACAUCCCUGGGCCUGUCCACCCAGAACUGGUGCGCAAAGUGCAACCUGUCCUUUCGCCUGACCUCUGACCUGGUCUUUCACAUGCGGUCCCACCACAAAAAGGAGCACGCAAGGCCUGACCUACAUUCUAAGAAGCUGAGAGAAGAGGCCCUCACAUGUCCCAUUUGCCAUGAAUACUUCCGGGAGCGCCACCACCUGUCUCGGCACAUGACUUCUCACAGUUAGCCAGUGUCCAUGGAGCAAACCUGUAGGGGCAUCUUCUAAGCUUUGGCAAGGAACCGGAGAUGGCUCACGGGUGUUUCCUUUGGAAAGGCUGGUCAGACUUGUCAGCAGGACCAUCUGCAUUGGAGUUUGUAGACAAAUAGCUUGGUCAUCAUUUGAAAAAGAGAAGUCCUUG